UAGCCACCGCAGUUGCAGCAGAGGAGGCGAGCGAGAGCAGCAGCAGCAGGAGGGGGAGGAUUUCCCCCCCCCCCCCUCUCUGCCAGUAAUGAGCGUCUGCCCCCUGGCACGGCUGAGCCGCGGCGCGGCUGCACGCGGACGCCCACGGUAUAAAUAAGUUAAGGGACGAGCGGCGGGAGCUCCCGGCCUGGCUCAGCCCAGCGGGCAGGAGGGGACUCUCCCCCCCCGUCCCCCGCGGCGCCAUGGCGUGCGUGGCCGGCUGCCGCUGCUGCACGGAGCGCCGGAGGCAGAGCAGCAUCCUCUACCACAUCCUGAAGAGCGAGGGGCGGAAGGAGGCAGCGCCGCCGCCGCCGCCGCCGCCGCGGGAGCCUGCGGGGCCGGGCUGCUCGUGCGGCUCGCGGCGGCGCGUGGCCCUGCGCAGCCCGCAGGUGGCGGGCAAGGCGGCCUCGGCCGUGCUGGUGAAGACGCUGCGCUUCGUCAAGAGCGUGCCCUGCUUCCAGGAGCUGCCGCUGGCCGAGCAGCUGGUGCUGGUGCGCAGCGGCUGGGCUCCCCUGCUGGUGCUGGGCCUGGCCCAGGAGCGGGUGCACUUCGAGACGGUGGAGACGGCGGAGCCCAGCAUGCUGCAGCGGCUCUUAACCGGCCGGCGGCAGGAGCAGCCGCCGCCGCCGCCGCCGCCGCCCCCCCCGGGCAGCAGCCCGCAGCUGCCCUCGGCCGGCGAGAUCCAGGCCAUCAAAGGCUUCCUGGCCAAGUGCUGGAGCCUGGACAUCAGCACCAAGGAGUACGCCUACCUCAAGGGGACCGUGCUCUUCAACCCGGAUCUGCCAGGGCUGCAGUGUGUACAAUAUAUCCAGGGACUGCAGAGGGAAGCGCAGCAAGCUCUAAAUGAACACGUCAGACUGAUUCAUCGAGGGGACCAGGCCAGAUUUGCCAAGCUUAAUGUUGUUCUUUCCUUGCUAAGAUCCAUUAAUGCUAACGUAAUUGCCGAACUAUUCUUUAGGCCAAUCUUUGGAACAGUGAACAUGGAUGACAUGCUGCUGGAGAUGCUUUGUGCAAAGUUAUAAAGCAGUUUGCUCUUACAAAUAAACUAUGGACACACAACACCAACUGAGCAAUAUCUAUUUUGCACCCAAAGAAGAAGCCAUGUAAAUAAAGUGUGUAUUUUCUGAAA